AUGCCUGAACCAGCCAAACCCGCGCCCAAGAAGGGCUCUAAGAAGGCCGUCACCAAGACCGCCACCAAGACCGCCGUUAAGGGAGGAAAGAAGCGCAGAAAGUCCAGGAAGGAGAGUUACGCCAUCUACGUGUACAAAGUGCUCAAGCAGGUCCACCCCGACACCGGCAUCUCUUCCAAGGCGAUGGGCAUCAUGAACUCUUUCGUCAACGACAUCUUCGAGCGCAUCGCCGGUGAGUCGUCUCGUCUCGCGCACUACAACAAGCGCUCCACCAUCACGUCGAGAGAGAUCCAGACCGCCGUGCGUCUGCUGCUGCCCGGUGAACUCGCCAAACACGCCGUGUCCGAGGGCACCAAAGCCGUCACCAAGUACACCAGCUCCAAGUAAAGCGCCGCUUUCAUCC